AUGACGGGCAAAGCGGGCGCGGCGCUGGCCCCCAGCCUGCCCGGCAAGCCCAAGCCCGACGGCGCGGCCGCCGCCGCCCCGCCGCCACCGCCUCCGCCGCCCCCCGCGGCGGGGGCCAAGCCCAGCUCCGGGCCCACCCCUCCCCGCUGCACCGGUUUCGGCAUCCAGGAGAUCCUGGGCUUGAACAAGGAGCCGCCGUCGCACCCGCGGGCCGCCCUGGACUCGCUGCCCGCCGGGCACCUGCUGGCGGCCCGCUCCGUCCUCAGCCCCGCCGGGGUGGGCGGCGUGGGCAUGGGGCUGCUGGGGGCCGGCGGCAUCCCCGGCUUCUACACGCAGCCCACCUUCCUGGAGGUGCUCUCCGACCCCCAGAGCGUCCACCUGCAGCCGCUGGCCCGGGCCCCCGGGCAGCUGGACAGCAGCCAGACGGCCAGCUCAGAUUCCGAAGAUGUCUCCUCCAGCGACCGAAAAACGUCCAAAUCCUCCCUCAGCCAGAGCAAGAAACGAAAGAAGAGGCGGCACAGGACAAUCUUCACAUCCUACCAACUGGAGGAGCUGGAAAAGGCCUUCAAUGAGGCCCACUACCCUGACGUGUAUGCUAGAGAGAUGUUGGCCAUGAAAACAGAGUUGCCAGAAGACAGGAUACAGGUUUGGUUCCAGAACCGCCGGGCUAAGUGGAGGAAGCGGGAGAAGUGCUGGGGCCGGAGCAGCGUGAUGGCCGAGUACGGGCUCUACGGCGCCAUGGUGCGUCACUCCAUCCCGCUGCCCGAGUCCAUCCUCAAGUCGGCCAAGGAUGGCAUCAUGGAGUCCUGCGCACCCUGGCUCCUGGGGAUGCACAAAAAGUCUCUGGAAGCAGCGGCUGAGGCGGGGAGGAAGACGGAGGUGGAGCGCCAGGCCCUGCCCAAACUUGACAAGGGUGACAAGGAAGAGAGGGGCCCAGAUCCCAAAACCGCCAUUUCCCAGGAGGAACUGAGAGAAAACAGCAUUGCCGCCCUCAGGGCUAAAGCUCAGGAGCACAGCACCAAAGUCCUGGGGACCAUCGCUGGGGACACCCCCAGGAAGCCAGAGAAAGGGGAGGAGGCGGCGGAGGACGAGAGGCAGAUGGAGAAGUCCAGCGUGUCGCAGAAAGAGGAGCAGCUGAUCUAGGGGGUGCAGAGGCAGCAGGAGACAGCCCCGACAGACACUGUGUCCUCCAGGGGCUGAAGCUGGCCAGGUGGCCCCUGCAGCCCCCUCCUGGGGCAUGGGGCUCGGCCUCUGUGCAUGGGGCAGCCCCAAGGGUCACUCCCCUGGAGCGCAGCCCUGCCCCUCGCUCCUCUGCCCACAGGGCCUCCCUCACCCCUGCCCCUUCCUCAUCUCCAUCGCCACCCCAGGGGGGACCGUGGCUCCGGCCCCAGGCCCCAUCCAGCCCCCUCCAGGCUGGCUCAGCCUGGCUCACCUCCUCCUCCUGCCCUGUGUUGCUGCUGUGCCCCAUGCCCCAGCCAUCACCCGCUGCCCCAGCCCUGCCUUCGGCAGGACGAGCCUGCGGCCCUGUUGGCAUGAAAUGGCGAGCCUCCACCGCACGUCUCUCCUGACCCAGCACUGCGGGCUGUGAGUUUGGUGUGGUUCAUUUUUGCCUCCUUUAUGAGGGGAGACACAGGCUUUGCCCACAGACGUGAUGCCACGUUCCCACCUCGCGCCUCCAGGUCACCCCGGCCCACGCCGCCAUCUCCUCCACACAUGCUCAGGGGCUGAAGCCAUCAUGGUGGUGGGCGCUAGAGGCCGGUGCCACACUAUUUAGCUCAGCAUCCCUCGGGCUGCAGGGCCAGGCACCAUCUCUGCAGCUUCUACCUCUCUGCACAGCAAGGCCUGCAGCCCUGGCUGUAAAACACGCUUGGGGCAGGCUGCUCCCGCAAGGCUGGCAGAGACGGCUAGGUGUGUCUGUAUCCCAAAGGCCAGAGCCUCCAUUGCAGAGAGGUUGAAUGCCGGGGAAAACAUUUACCACUUAAAUUAUUCUAGGAGAUAGAACCUAAUUUGCCAAACUUAUUUAUGGAAUUGAAUUUGCCCCGCUUGCCCUCUGAGUGCUAAAGGGAACGACAGCCAUGCAGAUAUGCCCCUGACACAUGCUGUAAUGUGUACAUACGUCUCCUCGCUGACCCCACACGUGCACACACACAGACCCACACAGCCAAACCCGCUGUUUUUUGCAGUGCCCCAUGUUAACAUCGCCCUUCCAUCCUGGUCAGGCUGUGCUCCCCAAGGACGAUGUAGGACGGUCACUUCCACGCAGCCCUCUCUGUCCCGCUUUCAGCUGCCAGCACCCUCUCCCCAGAGCU